AUGGACCUGUUGGAGGAGUGGCUCAGCCAUAAUGGAGAGAGAGCCACCAUAGAGGUCCUGGUGGACGCUCUGUUAAAGGCCCAUCUGCAGAAUGUCGUGGAUGGUCUGAAAAAUGAAUUUGGUGCGCUUCCUGUGCGUGUCAACCUGAGUCAGAAGCAACACCAACAGGAACAGAUCGCGGAACGGGUUCAAAGUCGUAUCCUGGAAUUCGAGGAACGACUAAUAACUGUUGACGUUUUGAGGGAUCCAGACCGCCUCCGGAAAGCACGGCAACUAUUGAGGGAACAUAAGGCUUUCUUGAUAGACCUUUCAAGUGGAUCUGUCAUCCUCUUCCUGAUGUUCCAGUGUCAAAAAGACCUGGAUGGUUUCUACCACAACCAUGACAAGGUUGGGGAGGGAACUCUGUCUCACAAACUCUCUAGCAUCCUCAUCCCAAGCAACAUUCAGGAGGAGUUCAAAGCAACAUUCGGGAGCAACAUUCAGGAGGGUACCCAACUGAUUGUGAGGCUUCAGGUGAAGCGCGAAGACUAUGAGGGAGUCCGAGAUAAACUGGAAAAAGAUGGCCCUGCUGAGAGACCAGGGACACCCCAGCGUGAUCAUCGGCGUUCACAGCGCAGACCCGGCUCUGUCGAAGGUGAUACAGAUACCCAGGAUGAUGGCGCGAUGAGUACCCAAGAUUGCAAUCGGCUGCAGCUGCAUAAGUAUCAGAUCACACAGAAGUUGCAGGUUGAUGAUGUCUUGGACCAUCUUCUGGAGGAGAGAGUGAUAAAUGACAGGGAUGUGGGCGAAAUCAUGGACUCUAACGAUGAGCAAAAAGCGUCCGUGCUGUUAGACAUCCUCCCCAGAAGAGGUGCACGCGCCUACGACGUCUUCUACGAUUCCCUGCUGCUGUGUGAGUCAACGGACUACUCGGACCUGGUCCUCGAUCUGGACAGGACGGAGAUGGGAGGAACAGGCCAAGGACGUCAACCGCGGAACAGAAUCCAAGUGGUCAUCCGGGUGCGCCCCUUGCAGGGGAAGGGUCAGAGAUGUCUGAGUGUUGACAGUAGUAAAGGGGAGGUGACGAUUCAUACAGACCAACCUGAACUGAAAAAGCAUAAAUUUGAUGAAGUGUUCAAUGAGGAGACCACACAGGAAAAGAUCUAUGAUACCAUGGCCAGCCCCAUUGUUGACGCAGUACUGGAGGGGUACAACGGCUGUAUUUUGUGUUAUGGAAAAACUGGCUCGGGGAAGACUUACACCAUGGCAGGACCAUCGGAUAGAGACCUGAACGAGAAAACAGAAGGCAUCAUCUACAGAGCGCUGAAACAGCUGUUUCUGAAGUCUCAGAAGAAACAGGAGUGGGACAUUUCAUUCUUCAUCAGCGUGUUUGAAGUCUACGAAGAAAAGGUUUAUGACUUGACAGUGUCUCUGGCGGAUCGUCGGCCCUUGAACAUCACAGAAGACACAGAUGCCAGCGUGUUCUACGCCUCGAAUCUUAAGAAACACGGCAUCGCCAACGCCAGGGAAGCAACGAAGGUGUUCUUCAAAGCAUCACAGGCGAGACGAACACGACCCACAAAGGCCAACGACCAGAGCUCUCGCUCUCAUAUGGUCUUCUUGGUUGAGGUGACCAUUCUCCACAAAGAGGGAGCAAAACCAGGCCGCAAGGGACAGUUGUGCCUGGUGGACCUGGCAGGGAGCGAGUCGGCAACGGGAAAAGACACAGGUUUCAUCAACAAGUCCCUGUUCCAUCUGAAAGAGGUUAUCCGAUUUCUGUCUGAGAAAAAAUCCAAGAAUUUUAUAUUUAGGCUCAGCACGCUAACAAAGCUUCUCAAAACAGUCCUGGCCGGAAACUCGAGGACGGCUUUUAUCAUCAACGUGGAUCCGUCUAAGAAGUCGCUACAACCAACACGAAGGUCACUCGAAUUCGCUUCCCAUGCUAAGAAGGUCCCGGCCAAGCCAAAGAUCAACUACAUCGCAUAUGAAGAUCUCUGCAGGAGGUACCUGAAGGAAAUCGGAAAACUAAAGAGACAGCUUAAAGCGUUGGCGGCGGGACAGUCGGAAAGUGACGAAACUGCUGUGUUGACGGAGCAUGCUACAACAGCCGGCGUCGAAAAAGACCCCGAAAAGGUUGAUGCAAACGAAGUUCGUGAGCUGGUGAACUCCAUCUUGACGAACACGGAGCAGGAAUCUAAGGCCACGCUAGACGACCUUCUGGGCAAAGGGUUCGAAGAGAUUAAGAGCGAGAUCUUAGCGCAGACUACAGAUCUUAAGAAGAACUUGGAUGUUUCAGAAAAGCUACUACAGGAGGUUCACAGUACGCAACAACAUGUGUUAGAACAGCUGCAGCCCAGACAGCUGCUAACCAACAUCCAGGAGCGGAGAGCGGAAGAGCAGCACCACUCACGUGACGACACAUCCGGUCAGCUCGAUGAUCACGUGCAACAGAUGAAUAGGACAAUGGAGGAAUUCACAACUGUGCACCGCAAGGUUGAGGAACACUUGAGGAAUAUCUCGGCGAACAUGAAGAAUGAGAGCGCUGCAGGGGCGGCGGCAGCUGAUGAACAGACGUCUCAACCCAUUGAUGGAGGCCAACAACAGAGGUGA